AUGGUAUCACCAAAUAAACAACAAUUAAUUGCAUGCUUUAUUGGUUCCAAUUUAGUAAGUUUGGGUGCAGGUACACCAUAUUUAUAUUCCUUUUAUGCUCCACAAUUAUUAUCAAGAUGUCAUAUUCCGAUUAGUCAAUCAUCAACAUUAUCAUUUGCAAUGACUCUAGGAUCAUCUGCCAUGGGAUUUCUAGUGGGCCUUGUCAUUGAUAAAGUCGGUCCACAAUUAUCCUGCUUCUUGGGCACGCUUUCUACAUUUGUAGCUUAUUAUAUCCUGUAUUACUGCUAUAAAAACGCAUUGUCCCAAUUAUAUUUGAUAUCUUUUGCCUUAGUAUUGGUAGGUUAUGGUUCUGUAUGUGGCUUUUAUGCCGCUGUUAAAUGCUGUGCAACUAAUUUUCCUAAACAUAGAGGUACUGCUGCUGCCAUGCCCGUAGCUUUAUAUGCAUUAGCCGGUAUGCUUUAUUCUAGUUUUUGUAAAUGGUAUUUCGAUGGGAAUAUUUUAAAUGUUUUUCAAUUUUUAAUGCUUGGUUGUUCACUUAUGAUAUUUGUGGGUUGUUUCACUUUGAAAAUAUACGAAAAUGAAAAACUUGCCCCCACAAAUACAAUACAGUGUCAAGAAAAUCGUAGCAACGAUGGCGGUGCAAGAGCCCUUUCCGGAAAUCAGGGCAAAAAUAGAUCAUCAGUUUACGAAGCAUUGGUUCAACAGCCUGCUUCAAGUGCAAAUAUUUUAUCAUCCUCAUCUAGCACAACAUCCAAAUCGACUGAACCUAUUUUAAUUAAAUCUGAUAGAUCCGAAUCAGCUAUUUGGUCCAAAGAAUUGGUUGGUUCUUUGGCUUUUUGGGGCUGGGGUAAAGUGAGGGACUCACCAUUGUCUACCCCAAGAAGCUCAUUUUCUUUUGAUCCUCAGCAACCUACAGCUUUGCUUCCUUCCGUUGAACAUAAUACAUUCAAUGUCGCUGGCAGUGCUAAUAGUGGUUCUAUUCACAUAGGAGGACAAGAAGGGAAUUCAUUGUUAGAGGUACAACAGCAACAGACAGAGCUCAAUGGAAAUGCUAACCAUAUAUCCGUGGUAACUUCUCCAAAAACUAUACAAGAAGUUCAUGAUCAUUCUUCAACCAGAGAUUUACCUCUGUUCCAGAUUCUAAAAAGCUCAAAAUUCAUAUGUUACUAUAUUAUAUUAGCAACAUUGCAUGGUAUUGGACAAAUGUAUAUAUAUUCGGUUGGUUUCAUUGUUGCUACGCAACUAGCGUCGCAUCCGGACUAUAACUUAAAUCAAGAAUCAAUCCAGUCAUUACAAGUUUCCAUUAUUGCGCUUAGCUCAUUUUUAGGAAGAUUAUGUGCUGGUCCCUUAUCCGACAUGUUGGUGAAAAAAUUUAGAGCCCAGCGUAAGUGGUGUAUUUUCUUGGCCUGUAUGUUGACUGCAUGGACAAGUAUUUAUAUAACUCAUGACAAUUCGAUGGUUCAUGUUGAUGUCGGUGGUAGUGGUAUGGGAACUCCCGAAUUUGUGUCCAGAGUAUCUAUCUCCAGUGUUUUGUUUGGUCUGGCAUUUGGUUUUACCUUUGGGACUUAUCCUGCAACCUUUGCUGAUGCGUUUGGUACAAAGGGAUUUUCCACUAUUUGGGGUUUGGCUACUACUGGAGGUUUGUUUACUGUGAAAAUAUUUAGUUCUCUUUUUGCAAAUGAUUUAGACUAUAACGCUAGAUUGGGCGCAAAUCCAGAUCCAGGAAAUGGUGCUACAAAUGACGUUUGUAGGAUUGGAGGAGGAUGUUAUGCUCACACUUUUAGAAUCACAUGUAUUGCUUCUUUUUCGGCUGGUUUAUUAACUUUGAUUAUGAUAUGGACAAAAUUCAGAAUCAGAUUAGCUAAACUGAGAAGGUUUAGGGAACGUCACAGUUCUGUAUAG